AGGUCUUGGUCUCUAGUGAAUUUGUUGUGAUUAAUUCGUUUGAAGUGUAGUGAUUUCAAAAUGGAUAGUAUGGACAUCGAUGAUGAUGUCCUUUCUGAAAACAAUGUCCAAUCUGGCGACAACCAAAGUGUUGCGAAUGACACAUCAGACAAGUCUGGGAAAACGGUUAAUUUAAAAAUUUAUUUCAUUCAUAGUUUUAGAGUACCAUGCUUACUUAAAGGAGUAUACACCGACUGUGAAAAUAUCCUGAAAGAGUUUCUGCUACUUCAAACCAGUACGUUCGAAGAUUUUGGAAAAAUAUGGAAAGAGAAAAAGUUUACUGAAAUUUAUACUGGCAAAGACACAUUUGCAGAAUUGUUGGAAUUCUCUGAAGAAGUAUUGACUAUUGCAAAAUCUUUCAUCCUGCCCCCACACAGCCAAAUAAAGAGGAUUGGUGCUUUGUAUUUGAUGUAUGGAUUAUAUACCCAGCAGCCGUUGAGGGGUUCAGUCAAAUACAGAGUAACUCCUCAAGAAUGGAGUGUUAUUCUAAAAUUUGUGGAAAAUCUUAAAAUGCAUGGAUUUAUUGAUGCUAAUUAUAUAUUUCACAAAUUGAGUUAUGAGGGAGCAUUUCUCACUGUUGCAAAUGCUCGAGAGUAUGGAUUGGAGAGAAACUAUCGGAAAUACUUAAUGCCUUGGCCUGCACGUGACCAAGAACAUUUACCUGAAGCAACCUACUCGUUAGAAACACUGAUGGGACGCGUCUACCGAGGGAGUCUGAAGGCCGCUGCAGAGAAAUGCCGCAGCAAGUACAACAACAUCAAAGUCUUGCUGGAAGCUACCCAUGGUUCCAAAUUUCAACAUGUUCAUGGAGCUGAUGUGGAAUUAGAUAAGGCCAUCCAAGAAAACUUGGAAGGAUCAAUCAACCCAGUUGAUUCUCUUGGUAUUACAAGAAUUUCAGUUGGACAUGGAAGGAAACAGAUAAAAGAUAAAGCUUUUGCAAUGCCAGCUCAACACCAAAGUGCUCAGUCUUCUCAAAGGAAAGAUAUUGAGAUUGCUUCUUCAUCUCAAUCUGGUUCUGCAAUUAAUUCUGAACCAAAUAUAAUUGAUCUAGAACCAGAACAAAUUGAGUCAGAAUCAGAUGACAGUGACUUCCAAUACAUUGUCAGACCACCCUCUAAGAGAAAUAGUAGAAAGCAAAAGCAAAGAAAAAUAGAAUUAUCGAAAAAAAGAUCAGAAGAUAGUACAGUUACCAAAAAAACUCGUAAUCGUUCCACUCGUAAAUUUGUCUUUGAAGAAGUAACAGGUGUAAAGCCUACUGCUGCAGCUCUUCAGUCAAAUGCAGUUCCUAAAGUGAAAGCAGGAAGAAAGAAGGGGAGUAAGAUCAGAACUGUUGCUGUUGAUUCUGAAAAUGAAAAUACUUCUCUGGAUGAAUCCCAGCUGAUUGUUGAUGUUCCAGUGAAAAAUGUGAAGAAAACAUGUUCACGUCAAUCCAGCCAAGCAAGUAAAAGCCUUCCUGAUAUUGAAACAGGUGAAGGUGCGUCUUCCUCAUCCACUGUUCGCAGGUCGUUGCGUGCUCCCAAAAGGAAGAAAGCAUUCUCUUUCCCAGAGGAUGAAUAGGGAAAGCUUUCCAUCCAUGCUGCUUUUGAGAUGCAUGGCAUGGAUAUUUAUGUUAGGUUCAUUACUAUAUUUGACACAUUUGUCACUGUGAUUUUUAUUUUUCUACAUUUUUUUACCUUAUGUGAUAAAGAAAUACCCAUAGCAUUAA